AUGAAACUGUAUUCCUCUAUCUACACCGGCCCACUUCUGGCUGCUUUGCUGUAUUCCGGUGUCGCUUCCGCAGCGUACAGCACCGCUCACAGCCCCAUGCUGCUUUUGAGCAAUGACUCCACGAUGAACUUCGACCUGCUGACUCCUCUCGGCGAGUCCAUCACCGGAGGAGGAGACGUCGGAGCUAUUCUUGGUGCGGCCAAAGAUAUCAAAGCCGGAAAUAUGACGUCCUUCAGCGAGGUCUUCUAUAAGCUCGCCAACGACACCAAGGCUCAGGCCGAAGACCCGGAGAAUGCCUCCGAUCCUGUCAAUGUCAGGGACACCUGGUUCUCUGCGGCGUCCUAUUACCGCAAGGCUGAUGGCUAUCUCCACGGCAACUGGAACAAUCCGCUCAUCAACCGCCUAUGGGCCGAGCAGAUGAAGGCGUUCGACAAGGGGAUCGCUACUUUGCCUAUUCCUGGUAAGCGCGUCCGCAUUCCGGCUCACAAGAGCAACUUCACCGUCGAAGCCAUCUGGUACUCUGCUUCCAAAAGCAAGGACGAGAAGCUGCCGACGCUGAUUAUCGGAAACGGCUUCGACGCUGCGCAGGAGGACUCGUACCACAACUUCGUCGCUCCCGCCCUGGCCCGAGGAUGGAAUUGUAUCACCUAUGAAGGCCCAGGGCAACCAACUGUGCGCCGUAACCAGAACCUUGGGUUCAUCCCAGACUGGGAGAAAGUCGCCACCCCCGUCGUGGAUUACGUUCUCUCGGAGAAGAAGGACGUCGUGGACAAGGAUCGUCUUGUCCUUGUUGGCAACUCCUUGGGCGGCUACCUUGCUGCCCGUGUCGCAGCCUUCGAGCCCCGCCUGUCCGCAGUGGUCUUGAUUGACGGUGUCUGGGAAAACUACGCUGCGUACGCAAGGGAGCUGUCGUCUGAAAUGCGCGCCAUCUAUGAGGCGGGCAACUACACGCAAUUCGACAAGACCAUCCUUUCGGCUCGGAAAGCCGGCAAGCUCCCCACCGGCGCCGCCUGGGGCAUCGACCAAGGCCUGUGGUCGUUCCACACGCACUCACCCUCUGACUUCUUCACCCAAACCAAGAAGUACAACGUCUCGUCUUUCAUUCAUAAGAUCAAGAUGCCUGUGUUUGUCGGGAAUGCCGAGCUGGAGAGCACUUAUGUUGGACAAGCGAAGAAAGUGGCGGACGCGCUGGGCGACCGGGCCACUCUGCAUACUUUCAAGGGGGUUGCUGGCUUUCAUUGCCAGACUGGUGCUGGACAGGAGCUUUCGAGGACUAUCCAUGCGUGGUUGAACAAGACCUUGGGCAAGGCGGGCAAUGGCCACUGA